AUGGCAGGAGAGACUCAGCGAAUGCAUGCUGUCAAAGAGCUGGCCGCUGAGUCCAAACUGCAGGAUGAAGGGACAGCGCUGGACAAGCAGAGUGACAAAACCACAACCUCUUCAGAGCACUUUUCAGGCACUGAGGCCAGAGCCAGCAACAGAGGGGCCAGAGUUGAAAAACUAGAAAAGAGGAGGGACUGUCCUCAGCAGCGUGAGGCUGUCAUACGGCCACAGCAGACAGGGAAGAUUGACUUCAGGUCACUGCAGAACCAAUCAAAAUUUGCCACUGACAGGACUUGGUCGAGUGGCAAAGGAAGCCCCCAGUCCCCGAGUGGAAAGGGCCGCAGCCGGGAGAAGGGGAAGCGGUCAGGAAAGACGGAGCGCGCCAACCCGCAGCAGCUGUACAGACUUAGCAUUGCUAAUUCACGCUCCAACCCAACCAUAGGUAUUGCCUACCCACAGCAGAAGGUUGCGCCACCCAAGAAGUUGGAGACUAGUCGUGGCCCAGUCUCGGGCAGCUACAGAUUCCACGUUCCCAGUAUACCAGAGAGAGAGGCCGAACUACAGCAAGAAGAGCUCAACUAUAGCCGCUGCUUCCAGGAGGCCUCCUCUAACCUUAUCUCCCCAAGCUAUACCUCACAGGCACUGGGUUCCUCAAGUGGAACGUCAACCCACCCACAUCUACCCCUGUCGCAGCAGCAGCCAGCCUCAAUGGAGAACAACAGCGCACAGCCCAGCAGCCAGCUGAUCCUGACCGACUUUCAGCUGAGUGGCUCUUCUGCAUGGCCGUCUCCUGAAAGGACUUUUAAUGGUGCUAACUAUGGGGCGUCAUCACAAAAAUCCACUGCCCUUACAGAAGUUAAUAAGGCAAGUGCCUUUGUACCUGGUCCAUUUCAAUAUGGAUAUAAUUUUCUGGAAGAAUCAACUUCUGACUCUUUUCCCUGUGAACAGAAUCCCCAAUCUCAAGACUUUACAGACUCCUCACUUGGUUCAGUUCAUGUGACCCACAACUCUUUUUCUUUUACGUCUGGAGAAGGGCAAAACAUUGCUCCGAACAACACUCAGUUCAGUAAUGAACAGCAACCGGAUAGAGGGUCUUAUCCUCAACCCCUACAGUCACAGUUUAUUCAAGGGGUAACAUCCUCCAUCCAAUGUCCUAGGAAUCUGAGCGAAGACUCAGCCAGUAGUGACAGCUCUGGCUCCAGCUCACAGCAGUCAGAGCAGGGGAAGCCUUCCCUGCCUGAGAGCACAGACACUAUUGCACAGGCAGACAGUAGGGAUGCAGCCAUCACCUCGGGGAGUAAGAGGAACUGUCACCCCAAAGACACAGCUGCCAGCCAAAGAACACUCAUACAAGGAAAUGUGCAGCAUGCAAGAAAUAUUUCAGGUCCAGGCUCCCAAAUGCACUUUCCCAGCAAAACAUAUAACAAUCCUCCAGUCAGUAACAUCCAUGCAGGCUCAUUGCCUUUUGAUAAAAACAUUAAUAAUAAGGUUCUAGAUAGGCUACCGCACUCAUGGGAGGGGCCUAAUAAGACAUAUUCGCCAGCUGAUCAAAACACAAUUCAGUAUGCUGAUAUAAAUGACAAGUUUCAGUUUCAGAACCAGCCGGCACUUGACCAAAGGCCAAAUUCAUCUAAAAAUAGCAGAAUGCCCUGGCAGCAGAUUAGGCCAACCCCUGCCAUCCCGAACCAAAACAGAAUCGAGUUAUCUAGACAAAUAAGCAAUCAAAAAUUGGCUUACAUGGUUUCCCCCUCUGACUGGCAGGAUGAAAAUAAAUCACAUAAGCACAGCUCACUGAAAAACCCCAGCACAUUUCAGAACAACAGAACCAGUGAUGGGUUUUCAAACCAAAGACAGGAGACUGUAAAACAUAGCAGUAAUACAGUGUCAACUUUUAAAGUAGAGAUGAGCCACGCACAAGUAUGUGAAUCCAAAAAUAAGGCGGUGUAUUAUGGACUCAAUCAGUCUCAUCCAGCAGCAUCAAGAAACUACAGCUAUCCUCCAUUGCAGGUCCCACCUAUGGGACUUAUGAUGGUGUCACCUUAUGAAUCACCUUUGCCCUCACCAGUUCAUAACCCUGCAUCAAGUAGCACCUGCUCCUCCCUCUCCCCUGCAUCCACCAGUCCUGUUAACAUCAGUUCAGAGGACAGUCAAAUGUCAAAGUCAGCACCCCCGCACACGUUUUAUCACCAGCAACAAACCAAAACACAGUUACCCUCAGAUCACUUGAGCUCACACCCUCAUCAGUUUCAUUCUGAUGCUCCACGAAACCUUCCCUACACGGCAGACAGAAGCAAAGACGACAUUAUGAGCUACCUGCAAAACAGCACACAUCCAAAGACUCCUAUGGAUGGAAACAAAGGUUACAUGGACAGUUUUGGGGUAGAGCAUCACCAGCCACCACCACCGUACUCUGCACAUCAGCUGUUAGCAUCCUCUUUGGCCGUGGCAAAUCUAGACCAGCUAGAUGUGCUUCUGACAUGCAAGCAGUGCGAUCAGAAUUUCAACAACCUGGCCUCCUUUUUAGGCCACAAGCAAUACUGUGCUCAGCAUACUUUUGCACAAAAUGACCUUAAGGACAUAUCAAAGAUGGAGGAUGGCAGAAAGUUUCAUGCAGAGCCAGCAAAAGCAGUGUCGUCUGUGUCAAACGUUUCUAUGUCAAGGUGCCCAUCUGACCUUCACCUGUCUCUGUUGGGCCUCAAUAAAAAUGGAGAACUGAUAUCUGACAGUGAAACAAAAGGAGACCAGAAGGAUGAUCCAAUGAAACUCAACUUGUUCUCUGGUCCUGGUACCCUCCCUGUUCCUCUCCCUGAGCUGGAAAUGGAGGAUGCCAAAUUAGACAGCCUAAUCACAGAAGCCUUGAAUGGGCUGGGCUAUCAAUCAGACAAUGCAGAGAUAGACAGUAGCUUUAUCGAUGCAUUCGCCGAUGAUGACCUCACCACUGUCAAAGCAACAUCAAACAAACAAUGCCUAAAAACCAAAGAAUCUCUGGUCUUUGAGAGCAAAAGUAAACAAGCAGCAGAGGAUGACAGGUCUUUCACACAGGGAAAGUAUUUUUAUGACUCUGAUGUUGAGAAUCCUGAGACAGAUAAACAGUACUCAGAAAGCAAACUUGAAAAAACAUCUCUGAAUUUGGAACAAGAUGAGAAAAUUAACAUAAAAAAAGAAGUCUCUCAUAAAAAUUCAAGGACUGCCUCAAGGGAGAAGACUAGAGAACAAGACAACAAAGUGAAAGAGGCAAGAAAACUGUGCAAGAGUGAGGAUGAAAACACAAGUACACAAAGGUUUCUCUUAUCCAGUAAGUUUUCUGAGCGCUGUGGCGUUAAAAGCUUACAGGACAGCUCUGCACUUCGAGGGUCAACACAUUUACAGGCCUCCACAUCUCCAACCUCAAGAACUGCAGUGAAAGAGAGCAAAAGGAAAAGCACUGGAGGGGGCACUUGGAGCAAAGAACUUAUUCACAAAAUAGUUCAACAGAAAAAUAAGCUCCAUAAACUCCAUGUUAAAGGUACUAAAAACCUCCAGUUCUCCUUAGUGAUGGAGAGACUGACUCCCACCGUACAGAACCCUGCAUUUGGAGAAUAUGACUAUGUCUCAGACUCAGAUGACGAAUGUGAGCCCGUUAAGAUAGCAAGCCAAGGCCGGCUGAAUCAAAGCAGUCGGUGUAAAUACACAUACACCAAAGAGUGCAAAUGGCGAGCGAGAAGCGAGAGGGACCAGGCAGCGUGGCGACAUGAGUCAAAGGAGUGUUUUGAGAUGAAAAAAAGCGAGGAGGUUUCUCUCUUGCCUGAGAAACAUAGUUCUCACCAGAGACUCAGGAGGAGGGGUAGCAGGUCAUCCACAAGCAGUGAACUCAGUACAUCUGUGAGUGUUUCAAGCGAUAGUAUCAACAGCCCCAAAAGCACUGAUCGCACUGACUCCGACUGUGAGAAAAAGACAGACAUAAAAAAAAAAGAGUCUCCAGAGCAGAAAACCUAUGAUAGGUCCUCCCCGCAGAAGUUAUGUAAAGAGUCCGGCACACUAGCACUGACAUUCACUAAAUCUGUCAAGAAAUAUAAUACCGACAAAGCCAUUCUGUCGGAUAACAAAGAGAGCACAGAGGAUCCAAAGAAGAAUCAUUCAAAUCCAGAAGUUGCUGAUCCAGUGUCAUCCUCGCAAAAAGCAAAAGACACAAUCAAAAACUCUGAAAAAAGCAGAAGCUCUCAUACAAAAUCAAUAGGGAAGCUGGUGUCUCCUAGAAAGGAAACAGUCAGUUCAGACAGGAACACCCUACAGAGAACAGACAAUCUGGGCCCCAAAGAAGAAUCAACACAGUGUCGUAGUACAGAUAGCAAGAGACUGCAGUUUGAUUCACACUCUCCCACCAUCAACAAAGAAACUGAUUUCAAUAUUGACAGAAACACAAAGGGCAAAAGAAGCAAGGGGCCCCAAGCCGCACAGCCGGAGCUAUCAGACAGCACCACGCUUGAAAAACAGAGUGACAGUGUCUGCGUGGUGAAAGAGGCGAUUACUUUAGUCAAUGACCUAGACGCACACAAGCCUGCGACACUUUGCACCUCUUUGAUGGAUGAGGUGUGCCUAUCUCCAGCUGAAAGCCAAGGCCCAUUGAUACAAAAAGAUACGCUCCACCUCAUGCCCUACCCUCUGGAUCAGGAACAGGGGCUGCUGAAAUCCCCACUUUCAUUUGACACCUCAUCAAUGUUCGGGGAUCUCACAGGAUUCGACAGUGGCCUCUAUUCUGAUAUGCCGAUUCAGAAGGACAGUUUCCAUUCAAUAGAGAACACAGCUGAUAAAAAAGAAGAGUUUGUGUCGUCUUUCUCUCCAUUUCUGGAACAAAGAGACUGGAACCUUAUAGUUAGCCCUGUACUACCAGAUGAGAUAUCUCAGUACAAAGGCAGCUCUGAGAAAUCAAAUGAAAAGAAACCGGAUUACAAUCAUGUUCCCUUGUCUCUGCCAGAAAAAAUAAUCGACUACAGUGCAAAUCUCAACAGCUGCGCAUCAGAAGAUGAGCUGGAGAUAAAAAGAAUAGUGAAUGAGCUUGAAAACCAGCUGCAGACAACAAAGUUGGAAAGCCCACCUUCGCUAGAUCAGGAUGUCCCAAAGCAGCUAAAAAUGAGCAAGUUUUCCCCUUUACGUCUGGGUGAUGAGUCAGAGAGUGAAGGCUCUGGUCUUGAUAUGAGGUGCCCUGUGCAAACCAUAGAUGUACCAGUGACCAGUUUGCCCUCAGAGCCCUUCACUGAACCAUGGUCCAGUCCGUUCCAGUUUGAGCUAAUUGGUGGACACCACAGUCCCCACACUGCAAUUCACAAUGGACCAGGGGCUCUUGAACAUUUCAGUGAAAAAAAGGAUGAUGCACCAAAUUUGAUCACCACAGUCUCACAUAUUGAACACCCACAGCUCCACAGUGACCAGAAAUCAGUGGAGAGAAACGCUGAAAAAGACACUACUGCAGAAACAAAGGAAGAUAUUUUAGAACAGAAAAGAUAUACAGAAAACCUCAUGAAAAGCCUGGAGGUGAUUUCAGACUCUAUAUUCAAAAAAGAACCCAUUAUAUCAGAACACAAGAAGCCGAACGUCACCUCUCUCACGAGUCAACAACAUCAAGAAAUUGAAUGUCAAGCAACUGAUGCAGUUGAGAGAGAAGAUCACAGCGAAAAGGAAGCAAUUACCGGGAAAGAGAAUAUAUUAUCACCUCCAAAUAUCAAUGAGCGGAAGGACGAUAUUGAAUUUAUUCUGAAUGAGUCACGGUUAGCUCUCUCUAACUGUGCUGACCCCACAGUCGAUGUAAACCAGCCAAUUUCAUCACAGCCAAGUGAGCUCACUGAAAACAAUGAUACGAAGGCUGAGACUAAAGCCACAUCAGAGGAGGAUUUCACUGAGAAUUUGAUCAAGUCUGCUCGCUGCCCAAGUGUGGUGACACAUGGCCCACAUGUGGUUGAGGAUUCUGGCGGGAACAGUCAUGCAGCAGACGAGGUGUGUCAGUUAUUUAAAAGCAGUAGUGACGGUUCAGAACAUUCGACCGCAGACGGUGGGGAGGAAGCCGAGGCAGUGAAGGGAAUCACCGUUCAAUCUGUCAGCCGUUCUUUAUCACCAGCUCUACCUGAUGCCAGUCUAGACAUUGGCGAGGAAAUUCAGGGUGCGAUUAAAACAACAGUCGAAGAAAAAUCCACUGAUAACCAAGAUAAUGCUGGAGACAUUACAUCAUCACAUGCUGAUGAAUUAAAAGUGCAGUGUUCCGAGAGUGAUAAUGAGGAAAUAACUGUUGAAACAGCAGAACAGGAUCAUUUGAUCAGACUUUUUCCCUCUAAAGGCUGCAGCCCUGCUAAGACUUACAGUCCAACAACUGAUCUGUCGGUGGAGAUAGCUACCACAGACAAGCCCUGCAGUCCAAUACUUGUGGAAACCAAUACAGAGAGCACUAGUCAUUGCUCACCCUUCUGUGACACCCAGUCCACAGAGGGACAAAGUAAUAUGUUGAUUCUUUCACAGUCCAGUGGCAUCAUUGACAGUGAUUCCUGCAAAGUUACUCCAUUUACUGACUCGCUAAAACCUGAAGCAGAGAUUUUAAAUGUUCAGGACAUCAAAGAACAUCUUCCUAUUGAUUUCAUGGCAAGUCACCAAAACUCCCCCUGCAGAGAAGAAGUGGAAGAAAGCAACUGCCUUUUUCUUCACACUACCCCUCCAACCAGUCCUCUUUCAGCAGCCUCUCAUCAAACAGCCAUGCAGAAAUGGGACAUAAAAGAGGAUUCAUGUCACUCACAAAGCAAAUGUAGUGAUAUGUCUGCUAAGCAAGGCUCAAUUCCGAAUGUGCAAUCCCCCAUAAACAAGGAAGAAAACAGCAGCAUCAAAGAGGCUUUAAAUGGCGGCCAACAACUGAACACAACAGCUGAGAUGGAGUAUUCUCUGAUAAGCCCACCUCCCCUGGAUUUGGGGAUUAUUGAGUGUAAAAUCCCGAGCUCUGAAACUGCCAUUCCCUCACCACUUCCGGUGACUAGCUCAGCAGAACCACCAGAAGUGUCUGAUGGCCUUGAAAAGAGAGAUCCAAUGUAUGAUUUCAAGCAGCUCAGCCCUUUCAACUACAGCUGCAUCUCAGAUGAACCUCCACAACUGAAUCAAUAUGACUACAUACCGAUUUCACCUGCCGGUAAACCUGAAGAGGAUCCAGACAUCAAGCAGAGUCCCAGAGAUGACAGUGGACUAUGUGACCUGAGUGUUAAACCUUCACUGAUUUUUAACAAAACAGAAUCAGACACAGUGGUAUCGCUGAACUCAGAACCUGCAACUAAACUGAAUUCAUCAGAUGAGCCACUGAUCCUCCAGCAGAGUAUGAAAUUCACAUGUUUUCUAUUGGACGUCCCACCUGAAAUCAAGAGCAAAGAUCCCUCAGCUGGUCAUGUAAAGACAGAACUGGAAGUGUGCCAUGAUCCCAUUGGACAUGUUGAGGAUUUACAUAUUCACGCUGACCUGCUGAGAAAGGAUGAAUCAGAGGCUUUAAAUUCUCAUGAGGCUUCUGUUGAGGACAGUACACUUAUCAGAAAAGACAUUUCAGAUGGUCCGCCCACUCCUAAACCACUUGUCAUCUGUGAAAAUGAACAAAUGCCUCUUCCACCAGACCCAUCAGAGAAACAACCAACAAUAGAGACUGGCCACUGUUCAACAACGCACCAAGUACACAAAGAAAUAACACCAAAAAAGGCACAGAACAACGCUCAACAGGGGAAAGAGCUCUGUGAAAUCUGUCUCAUGUGUUUCAGGACGGUGCCUGGGUUAAAGAGACAUAAAGCCAUGAAACACUUGGUCAGAAGUGAAAAACACAUUGGCCCACAAAGCACAACAUCAAACCAUCAGGGGACUAUGCUUAUUUAUGAAGCAUCACAAACUACAGAGAAAGAACAUAAAGAUGAUUCACAGGCCUGUUUCCCAACAAAAAUAGAUGGGCUGCCUGAGACAAGUAGCACUCUCAUAUCUAAAGCAGCAGAGACUGAGUCAGUCCUGGAGGAAAUGGCAAGUGAGACAAAUGUGGUGGCAGUGGGUGAAAUGGGCCAUCAAAACUCUCUGCCACCAAAAGCAAAGAAGAACAACAAAGCUAGAAAGAACAAAAACAGUGAGGGAAGCAUAAAGCCAGACCCUUUUUCUGACGAGCUUUUGAAUAUAUUAAAAACAGACAUACUUCAAGCUAUAACUCCUGAAUUCAAAAGCAGUGGACUACAAGAGCUCCGCAAAUCUCCAGCAGACCAGGUAAAAAUAACUGACAGAACUGUUGCUGGAACAGAGAAAUUCCCUCACUUUAUUACUUUAAACCCUGGCUCUGACAAUACAUCACAAUCUCCAACAAAAGACACAAAUGGACUUAAUGAAACUGCGGAGCUAAAUCAAAUCACUGAUACAGAGGAAAUUAAAUCUACAAGCAUGACAGAGAUGGCAAAUGGGGACGUUCAUACAGAUAAUAAUGUGGAAAGUGUUACAUCUGUAGACAAGAAUACAAUCAGAGAACAUGAUGAGCCCAGAAAGAGUCUGUGUGCUGUGGAGGAGAUGUCUGAAGAGAAAGGAUCAGAAGACAGUCUGGCCCAAGAGAUUCUUAGAAAAGUGGCAGCCGUCGAGAUAAAAUGUGAGAAGAACAGUAACCCCACAGAAGAGGCGCAUCCUCUCUCCUGUUUAAAUUGUUCCCCUCUCACUCCUCCCGGCAUAAGUCCCGAACUGAAGGCCUUACUUGACGACGACACCACAUUCUCACAGCUGUUCCCCAGAGAUGAGGAGGCAAAAAGGAAAAAGUGCCCGAGGGUGUACAGCAAAAGAAACAAGAGACAGAAGUUAUCGCCUGAUUCAAAUGUGACUCAGGACAACCUCCCUUCAGAGACCUUCAUGCAAACUAAAGAUCACUACGUGAAAAACCAAGCAGAGCAGACAUUCCCUGACAAUCAAACAAGCCGCUGUGAAUAUGAGACGAUAUCUAUCGAUGAUGCCAUCAUGUUGAAUAUGUGCCACAACAGCACAUUAAAGAAUGAUGUCAAGGAGUUGUCGGAUGUUAAACAAAGUAAUCAGCAGGAUGUUCAUGAUAAUGCUAAAGAGGGUUGCAACAGCCCCUUGAAUUCACUCCAGAGCACUGUUGAUAAAUCUUCAAUUGAAUGGAGUAGCUCCGGGGACUUCAGUAGCUUUGAAGCAGGCUCAGCGGUGACCUCUGACCCCGGCACAUGUAAAGCAGAAGAGCCAACUGCACCCAGCCCUCUGCCCCUGCCCCCCGCCCCUCUCACUGUAGAGCCAUGCAUCACAAAGAGUGUCCAAACCUUCCACAGCAUUGACAUCCAAAACAUUAACACCAAGUUUCAACUUCCUGAGAUCCAGUUCUUUGACUCUAAAAAAGAGAUCUCAGUGGCUCCUCCUACUGCAGCUGUCGACGUGGAGAACAGAGACGAUGAAAAGUCCAAGAAAGUGACAGAGCGGCGAGGCCGGAAGCGGCAAGAUGGUGGAUUAAAGGUCAAAGAUAAGCAGUACAAGUGCAAAGUGUGCUUCACUUGGUUCCUCACACUCGGCGAGCUGAAUUUUCACAAACUCUCCCACAACCCGUCUCCGCCUCCUACUUGCUACAUGUGUGUCCAGCGUAAGUUCAGCUCCAGGGAGCAGCUGAGAGACCAUCUGAGGGAGAAACAUGCAAAGAACAAAACCGGAAUCUGGACCUGUGGAAUGUGCUUGAAGGAGAUAUCAGAUGUGUGGAUGUACAAUGAGCAUUUAAGAGAGCAUGCCACUCAGUUUGCCCGCAGGGGUCAGACACAAGGCUCCAUGUUAGGCAUUCCUGGCUGCUUCAUGCAGGAGACAGCCGUGAAGAACUUUAUCACCUCAAUCAUGCAGCACCGCCCCAGCAAAGCCAACAGAGAGUCCAGCAAAGCCACUAAAGAACAGGAAAAAGCCGCUGCUGCAGACAGCGCUGUGGGAGAGGGGAAAACCUCCGAGGGGGCUGAGCCAAAAGUUCACAAAACUAAAAGCAGCAGCGGUGCAGGUGGGAAGCAAAGCACAUUAACCCCACUCGAGGUCCUGCACAAAACCGAGACAACUAAAAGUGUGGAGAUGCAUCCUAACUGCAAAGACCCCUCAAGAGACUGCCACCACUGCGGAAAACAAUUCCCUAAACCAUUCAAACUGCAGAGACAUUUAGUGGUUCACAAUCUGGAAAAGAUUUUCCUGUGCCACAAAUGCCCUGUCUCUUAUCAGGAGGUGCAGGAGCUUAAAGGUCAUCUGAAGAGAGCACAUGAGGAGGUAGAUGAGCUGGAUUCCAAACACACCACCCUGUACACCUGCGAGCUCUGUGCUGAUGUCAUGCAUGUGAUUAAAAAAUCCUUCAUCUGCAGCACCUGCAACUACACUUUCUCUAAGAAGGAGCAGUUUGAUCGUCACAUGGAAAAGCACCUGUCAGGGGGGAACAAAAUUUUCAAAUUCCGAGGAGUUCUCAGACCUGUCAAAGCAUCUGCGUCCAAAGAAGAUGAAUGUGAUUCACCUGCCAGUAAGAAGAGGAGAAUUCUCUCUGACAGUCUGCAAGAAAAUAGCUCCGACAGCGGCAUCGCCAGUGUAAGCUCACUGCACUUAAAUCAAAACUCAGAGUCUUCAAAACCCUCUGUGUCCACGGCUGACGACUCCACGCAGACCAUCGCAAAUGAAUACCACAGUGACACAAACAAUACAAAUGUGAAGACCGAGGAAGUUGCUGAGGACUACUCUGACCUGCUUGUAGAGCUUGAUAAAUGUAUUCUUAUGGCCUCUCCAGAGUCUACUUCACCCAAGAAAGAAGAAAUUGACCCAAACACCUCAUCUCUUCUUGAUAAAGAGGGUAACGGAAAAUCAAUUACUGAAGCAUGUGACGUGAAAGAGGAGAAUGAGUCAGUCUGCAUCAGGGCAGAGACAACCUCAUGGUCAGAGACCAAAGAGAGUAGUAGUGCGGGGGAGGAGACCAUUAAGGCUGAGGAAGGCUCUGCUGAAGGUGACACAGCUGAGAGGGAGGAAAAAACAGAUUUGCUUGCACCCAGUGAGGACUCUCUAGUCAUCUUAGAAAAUCAAAUCAUUUCAAAGACACCUGAGUCAAAGCAUGAAUCAGCUGCUGAUGUGAUGGACCAGCAGAGGGAUGAUAAGCAGGGCCAUCACACAUCGAAAUCUUCAAGCAAUGACAGCAAACUGACUGUAUCUCAAGGUGCUGAGCAGGAAGGUAGCAGUCAGGUGAAAGACAAAGUCACCCCAGCCAAAACAGCAGACAACACUAAAAACAGCACGACAACUGGCAGCACUGCAGAGUCCACACCAGUCCCCCACUCCAAGGUUUCCCUCAACGCUUCAGCCUCCAAUGAGGACAAAGAAUCUGUGAGACCACAGAAGAAGAGGAAAGACAUGAAAUCCCCUCACAGCCUGCAAAGGGUUUCCUCUCCAGCCACACAAGAGAACUACGGUUUCGACUCGCGGGCCAAAAAGAAAUUCCGCCCCAGCAAGUGUGCAAAUCCCUCUCUGCAGAGGAAGUCAGAUGGACCCAACGACUACCCCGUGCUGUCCUCAGUGCGGGACGACGUCGUUAGCAACAAAAUCGUUUCCAAGUGCAAGACUUCAAACAUGGGUUUACAGUCAAAAAGGAACUUGCUGGAUAGCUGCACGCAGAAGAAAGCAGACAGUGUGAAUCCUCUGAACGGGGAUUACAAAGCCAAAAAGGGACCUCUGGGGCGGCCUUUGCAUCCCCCUAUUUCUAAAGUGUCUUCAGUUCCCAUGAACAAUUCUUUGAAUAAAUCUCGGCCAAAGAUGGGGGUUAGGUCAAUGGAGAGCCAUUCCUACAGGACAGCAGAGUCCCAGAACCACCUCCUAAGCCAGCUGUUUGGCCAAAAACUCACUAGCUUUAAGAUUCCUUUAAGGAAGGACACAUCAGAAUCUAUUAACUGAGUGGGGCGUGGGGGAUCUGUGAAUAAGAGACUGUAAAUUUAUAAAUGUUAAAGACAAUUCAUUAUGGUGAAUGAGAUUGCACAGCUCUUUUCUGUGAAAUGCUAUCUUUAAAUACUUACGUAGUCACUUUAUGUCUUCUUUGUACAUGUGUUUUUAUUACACAAAUGUGAGGACGAAUGGCAGAUAUGAAUUUUGGGUCAAAAAUGAAUAUGCUAGUUGGGAAAAUCUUUUUUUCUGCUUUUCCUAUGUUGGAUAUUAUCUGUUUCAGAGAUUAUAUUUCAUUAACCUAAAGGAAAGAAAAAAAGAAUACUUGAAAAUACAAAUAUUUUCUUCUAAGAAAUGCAUGUUCAUUUUGCAUUCAAACUUAUCAGUUUUAGUCUUUCUGCAAAAGGACCAAACGACAUCAUAACUGACCUGGACUAUUGUCUGUGCACCUUUUGUACAUGCUUCCAACAUAUUCAUUUGUAUUAUUUUUAACUUUACUGUACUGCAUUGACAUUCAGCAUAUUAGCCUUUUGUAUAAACAUUACCUGGUGCUACAUUGUGUUUUAUUGUAAUGUGAAUGCCAAUGUCCUCGGAAGGGAACAUGAGAUCUGUAGCAGUUACAGUACAUACAUCCAACUGUUUUUACUGGUUUCAUGCACUGAUAACACCACACACAAAUCACAAACUCAAUCAUUUGUGUCUGUAACUCCAACUGUUUAAUUAUGAAUAGUAUUUACUACUACAACAAAGGUGCUUUAUCUUGUUUAUACUGUAUGUAUCUUAUAUUGUAUAAUAUUGUAGGUAGAUUGUUGUUUUGGUGUAAUGCUUCAUGUCAAAGUUUUAUUUUAAUAAUGUGCAAAAGAAUAAGAGUGAGAGAAAAGAAAGGGAAAUGUGGUGCCUCUUGCAAGAUGUAAAGUGGUUCACUAAGUGCCUCUUUUAUAGUUGGUUAUUAAAGAUCUGUAUUGGUCUCUCCUUGCUCUUUUCUUCCUUUUGUUCAUGACAAAUCCUCCUACUUCCAUCCCUGCGGACUGCAGCUGUCACCACAUGCAUCAAACACUGCAAGCAGUGGAAGCUGCUUGUGCCUAGAGGCAAAAACAGGUGCACACAUAACAAAGUCUGACUUCAUUUUUUUUGCCUUCAGAUCAGCACUUCAAUGAGUUCACUCAUCAUCUGAAACAUGAGCCUAAAUGUAUCUUUACUACAGGGAAACAUUCAGCAGAAGACAGUAACAUUUAUCCACCCGUAUGUUGGUCUCCACGAGCGGGCCGCAACGAGCUCUCGCUUGUGUCGCGCUUCUGUCUUGUUGCUCUCUCUCC